AUGUUGAAUCAAAUCCACAACUUUGAGGAUACAUGUCAACUACUAUAUCCACUACGCUACGGCAAGUGUGUAGCUGGCACCAAUGCUGGAGGUUCUGAUUUCAGUUUUGCUUUGUACACAAGAUCUGCUUUGAAACCAGAUGCCCUGGUAAAUCUUAAAAAUGCAGAGAAUCUAUUGCAUCUGAAAGAGUACAACACUUCUAGACCAACAGUUUUCUACUUCUUUGGCUAUAUAGAGGACCUCAGCAGCGAUAAUGUAAAGACAGUAAUUGACGCACUUGACCCAGCUUAUCCACUCCUGUACAUAUUGGAAAACACUCACAUCAAGGAAACAUCAGCAGAUUUUGUAGAUGUGAUUCACACUGGUGGUGGAAAAUAUGGAGUUCCAAUGAAUACUGGCUCAGUGGACUUUUACCCAAAUGGUGGAGAGAGGAUUCAGCCUGGCUGCCCCAAACGAUCACAGGGAUUGUUAACACCAUCUGUGUGA